AUGGCUGGGUCGGCUGUGUGUGUGUGGCUGUGGCUGUGCUGGGCUGGUGUGAGGCUGACCUGGGGGGACCGACACAGCACCAGCUCCAACGUAGGAAGGAGCGAGUUACCCAACUUACUGGAUAAAGGGAUGUUUAUUCUGCAGAGUGAGCAUCUCAGUAAAUGUAUCAAUGUGGUCAACCUGAAGCUCGGUCUUGAAGAAUGUAACCAGCGGUCAGACAGCAUGCUGUGGAAAUGGGUCUCCAAACAUCGUCUCUUCCAUGUAAACAGCAGCAUGUGUCUUGGACUUAAUAUCAUUAAUCAUCAGCAGCCUCUCAAGCUGUUUCAGUGUGAUUCCCCAGUAGGGGUGUUGUGGUGGAGAUGCAAUGGGAAAGUAUUGAUUGGUGCAACUCAAUACAAACUGUCUGUUGGCCAAGGAGAGCGUAUUGUGGCAGACAGGAUUGUGUAUGACAGAUGGAAGUUAUACCUGACACAAGAUAAAGGACCAUGUGAACACACCUACCAAGAAAUUCACACAGUGCUUGGGAACUCCCGUGGGCUGCCUUGUGCUUUGCCGUUUAAAUACAACAAUCAAUGGUACCAUGAGUGCACCAGUGAAGGCAGAGAGGACAGCCUGCUCUGGUGUGCAACUGCCACCAAUUAUGAUCGUGAACAAAAAUGGGGGUUUUGCCCCAAUUCAGAUCCAGGCUGUGAAUUUGUGUGGGAGAAGAAUCCCAUUUCACAAACUUGCUACCAGUUUAAUUCCCUAUCUCUUCUCUCUUGGAAUGAGGCCCAUGAUUCAUGUCAAGCACAAGGAGGGGAUUUGCUAAGCAUUAGUGAUCUUACAGAACAGACGUAUCUCAGUGAUCGUUUACAGAAUACCAUGAUUCUGGCGUGGAUAGGACUCAAUCAAUUGGAUGAACUUGCUGGGUGGCAGUGGUCAGAUGGAGAACACUUGAGCUUUGUAAAUUGGGAUAUAGAUCAACCUCAGGGCUCAGUGCUUGGAAAUUAUCACUGUGGGAUCCUCAGUUCUAAAUUUGAUAGCCGUUGGCGUAGUUUCAAAUGUGAGACAGCUCUGCCGUACAUCUGUAAGAAAACCAUCAACUCGACAAGAAAAGUGGAACCUUUCGAAUUCUGGCAGUACAGGCCUACGCAAUGUGAAUCUGGAUGGUUUCCUCACAACGGCUUCUGCUACAAACUGUAUAAAGAAGAUUUAAGCUGGAAGAAUGCUCUAACAUCCUGUCGUUUAAAUGGUAGUCAACUCAUUAACAUCCGUGCCCUAGCAGAUGUGGCAUUUCUCAUCACCCAGUUUAGAAAUGAAACUGUAGCCGAGGUGUGGACAGGACUUGCCAAUCCCAGAACCCCAGCUGUGUUUACAUGGUCAGAAGGAUCUCCGGUGACGUUCACUUACUGGCAUAGGAAUGAACCAAAUGUUCCAUUUAACACCACAAAACACUGUGUGUCAUCAGUGAGAACUAACGGUCAAUGGAAAGUUACAGAUUGUGAAGAAAAGCUGAAUUACAUCUGCAAGAAGCCAGGAGAGGUGGAGGAAGGACAACUCAGGAACGAUAAAGGCUGCCCUCAGGAGUGGAAACGAUUUGGAGAAUUCUGCUACACUAUUGAUAGUCAAUUACAAAGUUAUGAAGAUGCUUCGAAAGGAUAUUCUUGUUCAUUGGUGACCAUUUUGGACAGGUUUGAACAAAGCUUCAUAAACAGUCUGAUCAAUAAUUUUGCCAGAGAAGAGAACAAGUAUUUCUGGACAGGUCUCCAGGAUAGGAAUCGCACAGGAGAAUACACCUGGCUAACCACAGCCGGGAAACACAAAUCCGUAUUGUACACAAACUGGAACAGAAAUCAACCAGCUGCUUCUGGUGGUUGUGUUGUGAUGGCGAAAGGGAAAUAUUUUAACUUUUGGGAAGUUAAAGAUUGCAUAACCUUCAAAGCUGCUGCUAUGUGCAAGCGAGAAGCUGGGCCUCACACAGAACCAACACCCACCCCGGAUCAACACCACACGCUGGAAGCUAAAUGUCCUUUUGGCUGGGAAUCCAGGCCAGAUAUUCACAACUGCUUCAAGGUUUUCCACCGAGAGAAAGUGUCAAUGAAGAGAACGUGGGAACAAGCAGAACAAUUCUGUCAACAGUUGGGAGCCCAUCUUGCAAGUUUCACCCAUUACAAUGAGGAGGUUUUUCUGAAUGAACUUUUGGGUUGGAUGUUUACCGGGGCAGAGGAAAGGUGGUUCUGGAUUGGGUUUAGUAAAAGGAACCCAGUUUCUGCCGGUUCCUGGGAGUGGAGUGAUGGCAGUCCGGUGGUUUCUAUGUUCUCACUUGACCAAGCUAAAGAUGAUGAUGUCAGAAUCUGUGCCGCACUCAAAUUCGAUAAAACUAUUGUGCCUUUCCAAUGUGGCGAAAACUUUGAAUGGGUUUGUAAAAUACCCAAAGGAGCCGAGCUGCAGAAACCAGACUGGUAUGUCGAUGAAGAGAAGUUUGCGAUCCCCCCAUGGGUUUACUUUCAAGGAGCGGAAUACUUGUUUUUCGACUUGGAGGUGAAGUGGCUCGCAGGCGCUGUGGCUUGCACUAUGAUGAGCAGUGAGUUGGUGUCAAUCACAGCUCCCAAGGAGAUGGAUUUCAUUAAAAACAGACUGGAGAUGCUUUUAACAACCGGACAUGAAAAGUGGUGGAUUGGUCUGUACGUGGAGAACCCCAAAGAUGGAUUCCGUUGGAUAGAUGGCUCAGCAUUUCAUUACAACAACUGGGAUAACAAGUACCCAAGUAACCUGCAUAAACAGAGUGGCCGAUGUGUGUAUGCAUCAACAACAGGUUGGGCUGAUAGCAAGUGCUUGCUGUCUCUCCCCUUCAUUUGUAAACGUAACAACAUAUCCCUGGUGGAGGUUCACAUGUUUGACGAUGAUCAUUCAGACCUGUUGUGCCCAGAAGGCUGGCUGUACUUUGAGAACAAGUGUUUCCUGAUGUACAAUCCCAAGGACAAGAGUCAAUUAAAGAACUGGUAUUCUUCCCAGAUGUUUUGCAAGGUACGAGGAGGAACACUUGCCUCAAUAGAAAAUGAAAUAGAACAAGCGUUUUUAACAAUCCAGCUGCUGGAGGGAUCAGCCGGUGUGUGGCUCGGGCUACACAGUGACAACUGGGACAAUUGGGUGGAUGGCAAACCUGUCAAGUACACAAACUGGCUCGCAAACGAGCCAAUACAAGUUCCUGCAGCUGUCGAUUCUGAUCACAAUCAUCCCGCUCCAGAACAUUCUAACAGUCCAAACUUACGAGAGGAAUCAAAAAAGUGUGUGUUAUUGUCCAAUAGUCAUGCUUUUCAUUCCACUGGAAGAUGGUACACAAGAAAUUGCAAUGCAAAGAGUUAUGGUUUUGUGUGUCAAAAAUACGCAGAUAAAUCCAUGCAUCCUGUCAACGCAUCAUGUAUGUAUCCAAUACCUGAAACGUUUGCAUACGGAAACCACACCUACAGAUUGAUCCGGAAGAAUCUUAGCUGGUACGAAGCAUUGAAUGAAUGCAGACUGAAACAGGCUGACCUUGUCAGCAUUACUGACCAAUAUCACCAAGCAUUUCUCACAGUCAUUGUGAACAGGUUGGCACAGCGUCAUUGGAUAGGACUCUCUAGCCCAGAUGGUGGAGAGAGCUUUAUUUGGUCGGACACCAGUCCCGCUUUGUUCAGCCAUUGGGCAGAGGGAAGCCUUCGCUCCUCUCAUGAUUGUGUGUAUAUGGAUAUUAAUGGUUUCUGGAAAACUGCUGACUGUCAAAGCCAACUCCAGGGAGCGCUGUGCCAGAUUUCACAAACUCGAUUAUCCAGUCCUCCCACUGUCCAGACAAAGAUUUGUCCACAUGCAGAUACAAGUCUCCCCUGGAUCACAUUCCGUGACCACUGUUACCUUUUCGAUCUGGUUUUGUACAAUUCUUCCAGCUUAACAAUUAAAGAAGCCAAAGAAAUUUGCAGAAAUCUGGUUCCAGAAUCUAUUAUUUUGCAUGUUAAAGAUGAAGAAGAAAACAACUUUAUUUUGGAACAAAUCAAACCGUACAGCCACAUUGUGCAAGUGGUCUGGUUGGCCAUUGUGUUUGACACAGGCGAUAAAACCCUGAAAUGGUUUGAUGGAACUCCAGUAACGUAUUCAAACUGGGGUGUAGAAGGACCUGAUGCAGAUCAUCUUGUUGUUGAUCUGUGUGCUGGCAUGAGGGCCUCAGAUGGCAUGUGGUUGAUGUUUGAUUGUGAAGAACAAUUCGGAGCUGUAUGUAAAACACAUGCAGAUUUGAGUGAAAACAUCACUAAGUCACAUGGAUUUCAAACAAAAAAUCGAACCCUCCUUAACGUGGUGAUAUCUCUGGUAGUGAUUGUGCUGGCUGCUGGGCUGGGCUGCUACCUUUACAAGCGGAAUCCAGUCCUUUUCAGAUUCUCUGGGAAUGCCUACUUCAGGCAAUCUGUCCCUGAAUGUACUGAUUAUGAUGGCAAUGUUCUUAUUUCUGCAUUUGAGACAAAUGGUGGAAAUUAAACGAAGGAAAUGACACCCCAAGUGCUUCCGGGAAAGAGAACUUUGGAAAAAUAUGUUCUUUUGAUUUCAGUUUCUGAAAUGUAACACUUGUACAGCCGUUGAGGAAAUUAUUCAGAUGUUUUUAAAAAGAAAUUAACUGUAUUUUUAUUUUUUUCAAUGGCGUUUGGUUCCCAGAAAUUAUGAUUUUGGUGAUCAAAGUGGAUAGAUUGAUGAUCCAAAAUUCAAUACUUAUAGCUCAUUUAAAUACAAAAGUAGGGUGAAUCAUUAUGAAGCUUCCUGAAGGCAAGUUUCUGUACUUUGCAAAUGGAAUUUAAGAAUUCCAGAUGUAACCAGAUUUUCUAAUGUAAAAUGACAGACUUCAUUUCAUCUUAUCAUUUCCAAAAAAGUAAUUUAAUAAACAGUUUAAUUGUUGGUAUUUUA